GUUUUAGGAUGUAAAAUGAACAUUAGAUACUCUCUUGUGAAUUUUGAUUUUGGUUGCAUCGCACCGUUAAAGGGGCAACAAUUAGCAUGUCCAUCCGAGUGUCAUGUUUCCAUCACUGCCGAUCGGAGCUGGAGUCGGUAAAUACCUGUGACUACUGCAGAGUAAUCUGUCCUUGGAAUGAAUGCCGACAGUAACCUUUCCCAAGACAAAAGCCAGAAGUUAGUAUGUUUUUUGACUAGUGGAAUGUGGCUGUAUAAGAAGCAUGCAAAUACAAACAGUAAGAUCAGAAAACAUAGUGAUUUGAUGAAAUGAAAUAUAGAAUGGAAUGGUAAAAAGACCUGGGUUCCAGGUUUUGGCAUAGUUAUCCAGUUAGCUCAAGAAAUCUGCUGCAUGAAGCUCUGGAUAAUCAAAUAACUGAACUUAUGUGACUGACUAUUAAACUGUCCUCCCAUGUGAGCAGAGAGCACUGAUGUCACAGAAGGAGCUCCUCCUUGGAGUCCUGCAGGACUUGGGGAAUGACGAGUUCAUGCACUUCCAGUGGUUCCUGAAGCAGGCAGAAAUCAUAGAAGGCUUCCCAGCUAUCUCGAAGAGCCGACUGGAAGAGGCCAACAGGCAUGACACGGUGGAUCAGAUGGUGCAGACCUACAGCCUUCUUGGAGCUCUGCAGAUCACAGUGGAAGUUCUGAGGAAGAUCAGCAGAAAUGAUUUAUUGGAGCGUUUUUCCAAAAGUGGUUCUGAACCCAAUGACGAUGCCGAUGAUGUUGGAGAGACUUCAGAGAACACAGGACCUUCCUCAAUUCAACAAGCACAGGGAGCUCCUCACCCUCUCACACCUGGUGCUCAGGCUGAAGAUUUGCUGGUGCCAAGACCAAAUCCUCCACGAUCCAUCUUGUCAUACCAAUGCAUGCUCCAGUCAAACCUCCAGAACAAGUUUAUGUGUAUACCAGAAGGGUCGUCAAAGCAGAAGGAUAAAAAACAUCUUAAUGAUAUCUACACGGAGCUCUACAUCAUAGAUGGGAAUGAUGUUGAUGACAACACGCAGCAUGAGGUCAGACACAUUGAGAUGACAUCAAGAAAACCACAAGGAACUGACAGAUCAAUUCAGCACAACAACAUUUUCAAACACCCUUCUGGAGAAAACACACCAGUAAGAACAGUCUUGACAAAUGGGAUUGCAGGAAUCGGCAAAACAUUCCUUAUUUACAAGUUCAUCCUGGACUGGGCUGAAGGAAGAGCCAAUCAAGACGUGCAUCUCACAUUCCCCUUCACCUUCCGCCAGCUGAAUUUACUGAAGGACAGAAGGUUUCGUUUGGCAGAGCUCAUUCACAAAUGUAUCAGGGAAAGCCAAGAUAUAAAAGAGGAGGCGCUUCAUUACAUCUUCACUGAACUACAGGCUUCAGGAAACACCAACUUCGACAAGAGUAAAUUUAAACUUCUGUUUGUGCUUGAUGGGUUGGACGAAAGCCGCCUUCAGCUUGAUUUCAGUGACAAGGAAGAAUGCUCUAUUGACGAGCCACUGUUGGUGAGUGAUCUGCUGGCAUACCUCAUCCAGGGUAAACUGCUCCCCUCUGCUCGCCUUUGGAUAACCACACGACCGGCAGCGGCCAAUCAGAUCCCUCUAUACGUUGUUGACAUCGUGACAGAGGUGAGAGGGUUCACUGAUCCACAGAAGGAGGAGUACUUCAGGAAGAGAUUUAGAGACGGGCCGAUGUUCAACAGAGUCAUGUCCCAUAUCAAGACAUCAAGAAGUCUACACAUCAUGUGUCACAUUCCAGUUUUCUGCUGGAUCACUGCCACAGUUCUGAAGCAAAUGGUAGGCGAAGACGACCGAAAAGAAAUCCCUCAAACUCUGACUGAGAUGUAUACAAAAUUCCUUGUGUUUCAGAUUAAGCAGACAGCACUUAAGUAUGACACAAAGGAGAACAUCAAGAUCAUUAUGUCACUUGCGAAGCUGGCUUUUCACCAGUUGGAGAGAGGCAAUCUGAUCUUCUAUGAGACAGACUUGAACAACAGUGGCAUUCAUCUUGGUGAAGCAUCGGUGUACUCAGGGGUGUUCACACAAAUCUUCAAGGAAGAAGAUGGGCUGAACGAAGACAAGAUGUAUUGCUUCGUGCAUCUGAGUAUUCAUGAGUUUUUGGCAGCUGUUUUUGUAGUCCUGUCAAUUGUUAAUCACAGAAAGGAUAUGAUGGCUGAACCGCAAACACUUCUCCAACAUCUGCAGAAGCUUUUCAGAAAAGCAUCCACAACUGAGGUCUAUAUGAAAGCUGUGGACAAGGCCUUGAAGAGUCCAAAUGGACACCUCGACUUGUUUCUCCGCUUCCUCUUGGGCCUUUCGUUGAAGUCAAAUCAGGAUCUCUUGCAAGGCCUGCUGAAACAAACAGGAAUAAGCACAGAGACCGACCAGCAGCUAGUGAAAUACAUCAAAAAGAAGAUCAGGGAGAAUCCUUCACCAGAGAGAUGCAUUAAUCUCUUCCACUGUCUGAGUGAACUGAAGGACUGUUCCCUAGUGGAUGAGGUCCAGUAUUACCUGAGACAAGGAAGCCUCUCCACAGCAAAUCUCUUUCCUCCUCAGUGGUCAGCCCUGGUCUACGUGAUACUGUCCUCUGAAAAAGAUCUGGAUGUGUUUGACCUAAACGAAUACUCCAAAUCAGAGGACGUUCUUAUGAGAAUGCUGCCAUUGGUCAAAGCCUCAACAACUGCACGACUGAGCCAAUGUGAGCUCUCACACCUAUCAUGUGAAGCCCUGGCUUCAGUUCUCGGCUCGCAGUCCUCAAGCCUGAGAGAGCUGGACCUGAGUUACAACGACCUGCAGGAUUCAGGAGUGAGGCGGCUCUCUACUGGAUUGAAAAAUCCUAACUGUAGACUGGAAAAUCUAAGGUUGUCCAGCUGUGAGGUCACAAAGAAAGGCUGCGCUUGUUUGGCCGCAUCACUGCGCUCCAACUGCUGCCAUCUGACAGAGCUGGACCUGAGCCACAAUCCCCCAAGAAAACCCAAACUCAAGAUGUUGAAUUUGAUGAAGAUACCGGAGCCACACAAACCAAAAGACUCUGAGCCAACAGAGUUCUGCUGUCACAAUGUGGGACAAUACAGCAGUCUGAGAGAGCUGGACCUGAGCAACAACAACCUGCAGGAUAGAGGACUAUACAUGCUCUCUGUUGGACUGGAGAGCCCCCACUGUGGACUGCAAAAUCUCAGUCUCAGUUGGUGUAACCUGUCGAAGAGAAGCUGUGAAUGUCUGGCCUCAGUUCUCAGCUCUCAGUACUCCAGUCUGAGAAAACUGGACCUGAGUAACAACGACCUGCAGAACUCAGCAGUGGAUCAGCUCUGUUUUGGACUAAAAAGUCAACAUUGUAGACUGGAAACACUAAGGUUGUCAGGCUGCCUGGUCACAGAGGGAGGCUGUGCUUUUUUGGCCUCAGCUCUGAGCUUCAACCCGUCCUAUCUGAGAGAGCUGGACCUGAGCUACAACCAUCCAGGAGACUCAGGGGUGGAGCUGCUCUCUGCUGGACUUAAGAAUCCACAGUGGAGACUAGAAACUCUCAGGGUUGAUCUUUGUGGAGAGUUCAGGAUCUUGCCCGGGCCUAGGAAAUAUGCCUGUGAACUCACACUGGACCCAAACACAGCACAGGAGAAUUUACUCCUAACUCAACGUGCCAAACAGGUUACAUGCGUCGGGAAGGCGCAGUCCUACCCUGAUCACCCAGAGAGGUUUGAACACAUGAGCCAGGUCCUGUGUACAAACGGUCUGACCGGGCGCUGCUACUGGGAGGUGGAGUGCCGAGGACCAGUUUACGUAGGAGUGGCGUACAGAGGAAUCGGCAGGAAAGGACGAAAGGACGACUCUCUGCUCGGUUGGAACGACAAGUCGUGGUGCUUAGAGUGCUACAGCGACAUCGCUUGGCACAACGGGAAGGUCAGAGGUCAGAGGUCAUCGCACCACGGCUCCAAAACAGUAGCAGUGUAUGUGGACUGGCCCGCUGGCACGCUGUCCUUCUACAGUGUCUCCUCUAACACACUGAUCCACCUCAACACCUUCAGCUGCACUUUCACCGAACCGCUCUAUCCUGCGUUCAGGGUACUUGGUACUAGUUCAUAUGCGUUACUGCUCACCUGUUAGUAUUGUACGAUGGGAUCUAGGGAAUAUAUAUAUUAACAUAUAUUCAUAUCAAUACACCUCUUGAUUUGUAUAUUUAGUCAUCUCUUGAGACAUAUUUGUGUAUGCAAAGCAGAUCCAUUUGAUGCAUUUUGCACACAACAGAAUUCAACUUUUUAAACUGACAUACAAACAGAGGUGUUGAUAUAUAGACAGUGGCUAUGAGUGCGAGUGGUGCCAUUUGUUUAUGGCAGUCCAAUACCCAGCUCUGCUUGUUCUGUACCAGGUGUGAAUGGUUAGAUUGUCCUGAGAGCCCCUACAAUCAAUAUAUGAAUAAGAGACAGUGUUUAUAUCAAAAUGACCAUUUUACAUCCCUGGAAAAGGCAAACCAGUCUCUGUCACGGUUCUCCAGUGCGUAGCAUUAACAUGACUAUACAUGACUUUUACAACUAAUAAAGAAUUAAAAAACACAAUCAAAUACAUAAUUCAAUUCAAUUCAUACAAUGAUGAUUAAUGGGUAAUGUAGCACCCCGU